AUGUCGACCCUCGCUCCCUUCGUGGUGCCCGCGCUCAAGAAGCAUACCGCCACGGUCAUCAUUGCCCAUGGCCUCGGCGAUACUGGCGCCGGAUGGAUGGCCCUUGCCCAGAACUGGCGCCGUCGAGGCAAGUUCGACGAGGUGGCCUUUGUCUUCCCCAAUGCGCCGUCGAUUCCGAUCACCUGUAAUUUUGGCAUGAGCAUGCCGGGCUGGUACGACAUUGCCAAACUCGGCUCGGAUGUGGACUGGAAAGAAUCCGUUAACCUACAAGACGAACCGGGCAUCCUCCGCUCACGCGACUACUUUAACACACUGAUCAAAGAAGAAAUGGACAAGGGCAUCAACCCGUCGCGUAUCGUGCUUGGUGGGUUCUCGCAGGGUGGCGCCAUGUCAGUGUUCACCGGCGUAACGGCGAAGGAGAAGCUGGGGGGUGUUUUCGGGCUGUCGUGCUAUCUUCUUCUCAGCGAUCGCAUCAAGAGCUACACGCCCGAAAACUGGCCGAACAAGAACACGCCCUUUUUCUUGGCUCAUGGGUUGGAUGAUGCUGUGGUGCCUUUCCAAUUUGGGGAGAAGUCAUCGCAGACUCUGAAGGAGCUGGGGUUGAAGGAUGUUACGUUCAAUCGUUAUUCCGAUCUCGGCCACUCUGCGGACCCCGCUGAGAUCGAUGAUCUCGAGCAGUUCCUGCAGAAGACCAUCCCGCCCGAAGGAGAUGGCCAGGCGACUGCUGGGUUAUGA